CGUGCGGUGCUGAGUGUGCCUGGAGGAAGUCGCCUGGCACGGGCCUGGGGCCCGCCCUGCACUCGUCCACCUGCGGCCCAGCCCACCUGGCCGCACGCCUGGGGAAGCCGGCCUCUGGGGCAGAUUGCAGGGGAAGCCUGGGGACCCAAGGGAGCGUCCUCUAACCGCUGCAGGGCCUGAGGGGCCGGCUGUGCCUUGAACCUGUCCCCACCUCAAGCUCAGAGCCCAGUCCCACCCCUGGAACCAGCCUUCUGCUCCUGAGAGUCCCCCUCUCCCUGGCGUGAGUGCAUGGGGGAGACAGCAUAAGGACAUCGGUGCCGACUUCAUGGGGGGCUUCCUGGAGGAGGGCAUCCCUAGAGGGCAGGAUGGCGGGGGAAGAUUAGAAAACCUGGAAAUAAUGUGUUGGUGCUCUAUCAAGUCUGAGAUCCCAGGACCUGAAGGCCUGGAAGGGUGAGGGGUGCUCUUACUCGGGAGGUGGGUGGUGGGGGAGCCUGGACUCUGCCCUGGGGGGUGUGAAGGAAGGGCUGUGAGGGCCCAAGGGGCAGGCAAGCAUUUACAGGUAAGGACUGCCUGGGCUGAGAGGUCGGGUUGGGGCAUCUACUGGUGGAGGGGACCUCAGGCAGUUGUUACGAAAGUCUCUGGGGGAGGGGUUGGGGAUGAGCAGGGGGCGGGGCCAGAGUAGGGGCGGGGUGGAAGGAGGACCCUUUGCUGGCUUUGGUGACCUGAGCUAUGCUCACUGCGAAGGGGUAAGGGGCUGCCGGGUGUGGGCAGGCAGAGCUGGAGUAGGUACAGAGGGCCCGGCACCCCACUCGGUCGAGAGCCUGGAGGAGGGCGGAAAUGGGGAGAAAUGGUGCCGACGCAGGCAGCAAAAUCAUAUUAACAAGACUCAGGAGCGCGCUGGAGCGCGAAGUUUAGAUCGCGCGGGCGGUACAGCCUGCCGGCGCGGGGAUGGGACCUGGCGAGGCGCUCACCGGCGCGGGCGCAGCGCAAGGCGAGGGCGGUGGGCGGGCGCGGGGAAACGCCCGUCUUGCUGCUCGCGCUCCGGCCAGCGCGUCCUGGCGCUUCCUGUCGGGGAUCUAGCGCCCAGGCUCGAGAACCUUCCAGCGUCUGACGGCUGGGUUCCCGCCAAGUCCAGCUUCGGGCCCGCCUCCUCCACGACGCCUACCUGGACUCAUACCCGGCGCAGCGCUUGUCCCUCUGGGGCGGGCACGCUCCGCGCCCCCUGGCGGGAAGGUCGUCGAGGGCUGCGGGACCCACCCCCACCCCACCGCCUCUUCUCAGCCUCCGGUCUGCCGGCUGGUUCUGAGCCCUUCCCAGGAGACUUUCUUUUUUGGAGCAAGUUUUAUGUUCACAGCAAGACUGACAGGAAGGCACAGAGAAUUCCCACAUACCCGUGCCCCCGCCAGGCACAGCUCCCCCCAGUUAUUGCAUCAGCUGGCACACUUGUUGCAAUAGAUGAACCUGCACUGAGAAGUCAUCAUCACCUGGAGCCCCUAGCUUACAUCAGGGUUCAUCUCGAUGUUUUACACACUAGGCGUUUGGACAAGUUCAUGGUGCCGUGCGCCCGUCAUUCCAGUCCCAUGCAGAGUAUGGCCACCCUGAGCAUCCUCUGUACCGCCUGUUCAUCUCUCCCUGCCCCUCCCCCAGCCUCUGGCAACCACCGAUCUUUAUAUUUUCUUUGUAAUUUUACCUUUUCCAGAAUGUCACAGGUUGGAAGGUCACAGUAUGUGGCCUUUUCUCAUUUGCUUCUCUCAGUUAUACGCGUUUAAGUUUCCUUCGUGUCUCAUUGUGGCCUGACAGCUCAUUUCUUUUUAGAUGACUAAUAUUCCAUUGUCCAAUGUACCACAGUUUCUUCAUCUAUUCACCUAUUAAAGGACAUCUUGGU